AAAAGAAAGAGUCCCAUUAAUUCAGUAGGUCUACUUCAUCAAUAAGAAAUGAUGAAUCCAGUUGGAAAAUUUCAGCAUAUUCAUUAUGAAAUCAGAAUCUCAAAUAAAUUCAAGAAAAAUCAUAAAUUUCUUUUCUUUCCUUGAAUAUAAAAAUCAUGAAAAUGAUAAUAAAAAGCUUCACGUUCAAGAGUCAAAGGCCACCGCCCAAUUUCCCUUGCAAUAAACCCAAACUCACCGCCAAUCACGCAGCCUGUCCGUGCCACCUCCCCAAAGCAAAACCCUACUGCACAAUCAGACGCAUUAAAAAACCCAUUACCAAUCUGUAAUUUAAGCCUCGCAAGUAUCAAAGUUGAAUAAUGGGUCAAGAACAUGAAGGAGAAGGAGGUGAAGAGUAUUUAUUCAAGAUUGUUCUAAUCGGUGAUUCUGCUGUGGGGAAAUCUAAUUUACUAUCCAGAUUUGCGAGAAAUGAGUUUGAUAGCAAUUCUAAGGCUACGAUUGGGGUAGAGUUUCAGACCCAGGUGGUGGAUAUUGAUGGCAAAGAAAUCAAAGCACAGAUCUGGGACACUGCCGGCCAAGAGAGAUUUAGAGCUGUUACCUCUGCUUAUUAUAGAGGUGCUGUUGGUGUACUGAUUGUUUAUGAUAUCACUAGGAGGACAAGUUUUGAUAGUGUCAAAAGGUGGCUGGAUGAACUCACCACUCACUGUGAUACUACAGUGGCAAGAAUGCUUGUAGGGAACAAGUAUGAUCUGGAGAACAUUAGAGAAGUGAGUGCAGAGGAAGGCAAAAGUCUUGCAGAAGAAGAAGGUUUAUUCUUCAUGGAGACAUCAGCCCUUGAUUGUACUAAUGUUCAGACAGCUUUCGAGGUUGUUAUACGUGAGAUUUACAACAACCUUAGCAAGAAAAUUCUGAAUUCUGAUUCAUACAAGGCUGAGUUGACUGCAAACCGAGUCAGUCUGGUUAAGAAUGGAGAAACUUCAUCAAAGCAAAAUAUUUUUUCUUGCUGCUCCACAUGAUUACAGUUCUUGCAGUUUCAUGUAUACCUUUCUGGGCAUAAUGUUUCUUCCCAAUUUUCUUUUACAGUUAUUAUUUAUAGUUGGUGUUGAGCACUUGAGAAUUUUCCAUUUUAGUCAAAUAUUUGCCAUUCUCA